CGCAACUCAACCCUGGCAUUUGCCUACGCUAAGACCCAGGUGCUUUCAAGCACAACAAUGACGACGUAUCGUUAGGUAUCUCAAUAAAAUCACUCUAUCUCUCUCGUCCGAAAUAAAAUGUCUCAUCCAAAUCGUCAAGACCUAUUGACUGCAGCUAAGCAGUUUUGCGAGGCCUUUGCAAACCAGAAACCUUCAGCUGAGAUCCUGUCUCAUUUCUCCUCUUCCGGAAAUGUCCUGGCUUUCGAACAUGGCCUGCCAGGAUUGGCUCCGUUCUUAGGACGAGAGUUUCGUGGUCAGUCCGGCCUUCAGGAGUACUUCAACAUCCUGUCUUCUCUUCUGUCGUAUGAAAAUAUGCGGUUUGGCAAUUAUCUGGUUGAUGUUGAGACGUCGAAGGUGUCGGUUCGAGGAGAAGCUCGUUUCACGUGGACGAGUACAGGUCAAGCGUGGGAUGAGGUUUUUACAUAUGUGCUUGAAUUCGAUCAAGAGAACAAGGUCAAGGUCUACGAGAUUUGGGCAGAUUCUGGUGCUGCUUACUUGGCUAGUAAGGGUCAGUUGAAGGGUUGAUCAAUUUCAUUUACGGCCAAUCGGACGUUUCAUUUCAAUUGUAGUCAUAUCUCAUGUAUUCAUAAGCGAUUGCUAGAUACCUAAUCACCUAAGCCGCGAGUCCAAAACGAA